AUGCAAAGGAAUCUAGCUGACACUUCAACUCGCAGCACAGCAGGUUGUCUGCCUGUACCUCUAUUCAACCAGAAAAAACGAAAGAGAGAGCCCCUCACUUCAAAUCCACCUAAAAAUGAGCCAAGUACCAGUUCUGGGGCUUGUACUUAUGACUUUUCUCCCACACCAUUUGGCUGGGGAACUGCGAACCCAGAAGUGGCUGAAAUACAGAAAGCUGCAAACUAUGGUACUAAAGCUUGGAACAGAAAAGAGUAUACUCCUUUAAGUAACACAACAGAUUCAAGAUCUGGAAUUAUUCAAAAGUUCAAGAGCCCUUCAAAUAGUUUGAAAACUAUCCAGCAGCAAAAAACCCCUGAUAACCGUAAUUCACCUCAGCAUAUCAAAACAACAGCAACCAGCCAAACAUUUACACCUAAAGCACAAUGGCCAGUGAAAGCUAACAUUGUUUCAAAAAGUCUGCAGGAUCAUAGUCUGGCAUACAAGUUUAACCACGAUAUUCAGAAAAAUAAAAUGAACAAAAAACAAGUUGAUUGCGUUCCAGAAGACAAAAGCCAGGAAGUUUCAUCACCUCAAUUAAAACUUAAAGAAAAAAGGAAUUCUUUGCGAAUCAUAUCUGCAGUCAUUGAAAGUGUGAGGCACUGGAGUCAAUAUGCGUGUAAAACUCCACUAUUAUUUGAAGUUUUAGGCACACUUGAUUCUGCAGUGACACCUGGAGCAUAUGGGGCAAAGAACUUUCUUCUGAGAGAUGGAAGGGAGAUUCUGCCUUGUGUAUUUUAUGAAAUUGACCGGGAGCUUCCAAGACUAAUUAGAGGUCGAGUGCACAGGUGCAUGGGAAACUAUGACGCAAAAAGGAACAUCUUCAAGUGUGUCUCUGUAAGACCAGCAACUAUUCAAGAACAAAACACUUUCAAAGAAUUUGUUAAAAUUGCAGAUGCUGAGAUGACAGCAUAUGUAAAAGCCAUGAAUGAAAUUUAA